ACCAGCGCCUCAGCCACUAGCUUUUGCCAAAUCGACAGGCAGGCAGCAAGCAAACGUGAACGUCACCGGUCGCAUUAGUCGCCAUCAAAUGAUGAAACUGUGCUCAUCUCGCAGAAACUCCACUCUGUUGAAUGUUGUGAUCGACCAACGACUUAGAAUUGACACCUGUCGAUAUCUAAUGGAAAUUCAAUCGCGUCGUCUAGCGGGAGAAUAGAAAAAGAAAAUCUAAAAAUAAAACGCGAAAGUUUCGCUAAAAAAGAAGUAAAUAAAAUUGUAAAUUUAAAAAAAAUCAUCAACCUAAAACGCCAGCAACAAAGCGCCGCAACUGCGAAACGCCGGAAGUGAACAAAGCACUCAGCGCAGCGCAUUUGGAUUUAAAAUAAGAGGCAACGGCUGAAAAAUUCCAAGUGCCCGAAGAGCAACGAGAAAAAGGGUUGUGUUGCUU